AUGCACGAGAUAAUCACACUUUCGUUUUCUCAAAGGUCGAAUUGUAUUGCAACGCAUCUUUAUAAUGUUGCCGAAUCCAGACUACAGAAUGUGAAUGAUGAAUUCGUAGAUAAUUCAGUUUUACUUGAAAGCAAACCAGGGCAAUUUGGAAGUACGAUUAAUUACUAUCCAAGGGCGCUAUUAUGGGAUUAUAACAAUGGAUUUGGGUCGUUGAAUCCUUCCGAAUACUUUGAAUCAAAACCAGAUGUUGAAGCAUUAAAAAAAUUGUACCCUAAUGUGGUAACCACUGGACCGAGUACGCUGAAGAAUCAAUAUCAAAAGGCUCUUGACCAAGGUACAAAGACAGAGGGUCUAGCAAAUUUAUCUGAUAUGAGAUGCUGGUCAGAUUACUCAAGAGUCAUAUAUCGGCCAGAAUCAUUAUUAAAACUAAAUAGAUGGGACUAUUCGUUUGAUCACUGUAAAGGUCAUUUGAGAUCACAUCCAGAGAUAGAGUUCGGGACAUAUGAUGUUGGUGUAGAUGAAUUCUCUGAUGAAGAAAAUGUCACUGGAGCAGAAGCAGUUGAAGAAAACUUCAGAAAAGUUUUAGAAGAAUGUGAUACACUAACUGGAUUGAAUGUGAUAACAGAAGGAGAUACUGCUUGGGGAGGAUUCUCUUCCGAAUUUCUUUCUAUGAUCAGAGAUGAAUAUAUUUCAGGAACUCCAAUAGUAACGUGGUCGUUAACAAGGAACGCAGGUUGGCAGAGUUUGCCUGUAUUUGACAGAAUGUCCCGGAUCAAGACCCUCAGGUCAUUAUCUUCAGUUUCAUCAUUGUAUAUUCCAUUGAACACAGAGCCAUCCAUUGCCCAACAAUGCGCAAAGAAGCAUUCAACUUGGGCUAUUUCAAGUUAUCAAAGUGUGAUACUAGAUUCUCUGAUGACAUUACUUUCUCAAAGGAAGAAUAGAUGGAGUAUGGGUGAUUUUGUCAAUGGACUAACCAGGGGAAACGAAAAAAGAAAGAUAGUCACUUCAUCAAGUAUCAAUGACCACAAUAUGUCGCCCGAAAGAAUGUUUGAGGGUAAGAAAAGCACCAAUGCACACGGAAGUCAUGUUUUUGCGCGGUCAGUUAUCAACAGACCUUUACCUGGCAAGCAGACUGGGCUAAAUGAAAAUGAAUUAAAAGAAGUAUGCGGGUUUGAAGACUUGAUCAAUAAUGGAGCCGAUAGUCUAAAUUUAAAGGCAUAUAAUAUUGUAGAACCGUUUGACAAUAGGUUGGAUUCUUUCCCAGAGGAAUUUAGAAAGCAGGAGUUUUCUUGGUGUUCGUUUAAUAUCACUAAUAAGCCUCAGAGGUAUUUUGGAGAGAUGGCCGAUUACAUUUCACAUUAUUGCAAGAAUGAUGAGAGGGAAGAACUUAAGGAUGAUCUUUCUUCUAUGGAGGAACAAUAUUACUGGGCAGACGAGAGCAGUGAUACGGAUUACGAAUAA